CUUUCCCACUCAGUAUACUCAUGCCUUUCCUGAAGGUCGUUUUUACCAUCAGGUUUUAUUUCCCUUUUGUUGCGGGGCGUGUCCUGUCCUACCAGGCUGUUUAGGGUGCUGAUACAGCCCUAGACUUGUCUCACCCUCAUCUCUCCUUAUCGUAGCAAGAUGACAGAUGAUCAGCCGUUACUUGUACACCCGCCACCGCUACUUCAUGUCGCCAUCGAAGCAGAGAACAUGGCACUUCCCAGCCUGGUAAUGUCAUGGUCUAUCUUGUUCGCUGCCAGCGGGAUGAUGUGGGGGAUCUUUCUCAUAUAUGAUAUUCCCGCGUCGCUCUCAACGCCGCUUCAACAUCACCUUUCUCUCUCUGAUGGCCAGUAUGGAUAUCUCGUUGCGGCACUCUACACAGCUUACGCAGCACCAAAUUUCAUUUUACCUUGUAUAUGCGGCUUUGUGGCAAAUCAAUAUGGCCAGAAACGUAUCUUGAUUUCGAGUCUCGCCAUUGUCGUGUUAGGCCAGGCUAUCUUCGCCGCUUCGCUGCAAGGAGGGAAGAAGGGCAGCUGGGGACUCGUGGUAGGGAGAGUUUUCGUCGGGAUAGGAAGUGAGACCCCUGGAGUGAUUGCUAGUGGUGCUAUUACAAGAUGGCUUCAUGGUCGAACUCUUGCCCUAGCUUUGGCAAUUUUACUCUGCAUUUCUAGACUUGGUUCCGUCGCAACCUCGAUCCUGACGCCACGGCUGACAGAGGAGUAUGGUGUCAUUGCCGCGACUUGGAUGUCAACCUGUCUUGCAUGGGCAGUGACAUUACCUUGCGCUACAUAUUUGGUGCUUGUCGAUGUUGACAUAGCAGCCGAGAAGUCGAAACCCUUGGCGCUCUCAAAUUACACGAAUUCUCUGCGACGGUUCCCGCGUGUUUUUUGGAUCCUAGCUAUUAUAUGCACAACAAGCUAUGGGUGCCUGGGAUCCUUUAAUAACUCUGCGCAACGUUUUCUAUCUUCUAUCUUUUAUCAAGGUGAUGAGCGUGCUGCGGGGCUUGCAGUCAGCAUUCCAAACACACUCUCGGGCGUUUUAGUCAUUCCGUUCGGUUUAUUUUUGGAUCAUCCGCGUCUCAAGAACUACCCAGUUGCAAUCGCUUUCUCGAGUGGUCUGCUAUUGAUAGCCCAUUUAUGCUUCCUCUUUCAGAUCAGAGAUCCAGGUCUCUCACUUGUUGCACUCGGGGUGGGAUAUGCCUCCUUCGGGACUGCAUUCUGGCCAGCUGUUGCGAGCUGCAUACUUGACGGGCAAGCCCAUAUCCCAGAGUCCGAACCUCUCUCAUCGCUCGUUACCGAUCACUCAUACGAACAAGAACAACAGAACCUGGAUGGCACUUAUCCUGAGAUUGGCCAUGACAGUGACGUCGAAAUCCCAAGUUUGAGAGAGGAACAUUUGCCAGGUAUGGUAACGAACAAUGGUAAUGAAGAUUUAGUAGUCAUAGGUUAUGGCAUCACCACUUCUCUUUUGAAUCUGAGUAUGGGUGUCGUACCAAUAAUUCUUGCUGGCAUGGAGCUACUGGCUGGAUUCACGGGGACGGAGAUGGUCUUUGUUGCACUAGCUGGUAUUUCGCUUUGUGCUUCAGGAAAGCUCAUUAACGAUUGGAAAGAGAAGAGAAUUUAGAGGCCUGUGGAUAGAAAUAAGAAUGGUGCGGACCGAAUGCCGUGUUUAGAACAUAAAGGGGCUCGCUUAAUAGUUGUUUUGAGGCAAGACCCGUUCAUGUAACAUGGGAGACGGCUUCUGCUGCGAGUGCUUGAUUACUCAAUAUAAGACGAGAUGUAUACCAUGAC